AUGAGUUCGAAUAAGAAGAGUAGCCUCACGGGCUAUCUCCCCGAUAUCCUCAUGGCAGCUGCCGCACCAUUAAUAGCCUACUUUGUAAUCCGCAAUCUUCUCACUCGUCUCGACCCUGAAGCCCAGCAAAAAGAGGAAGCACGUGCCAAGGCCUCAGCUGCGACGCGCAAACUCGACGCCAUUCUAACGAGCAAACGACGGAAAAGCUAUGGCGAGUACGACAGCGAGGAUGACGACGAGACUGAACCACGGCAUCGACGGCCGCGGAUAGCGGACCUCAAUCUGAAUACGUAUGAGCAGACAAUUGCCAUGGAAGUUGUUGCGCCCGAGGAGAUUCCCGUGAGCUUUGAGGACAUUGGUGGCCUCGACUCAAUAAUCGAAGAACUCAAGGAAUCCGUAAUUUACCCGCUCACCAUGCCCCACCUAUACUCGCACUCGUCCUCGCUCCUCAGCGCACCUUCUGGCGUCCUUCUCUACGGUCCACCCGGCUGCGGAAAGACAAUGUUAGCCAAAGCGCUCGCACACGAAUCUGGCGCAUGCUUCAUCAACUUGCACAUCUCCACCUUGACGGAAAAGUGGUACGGCGACAGCAACAAACUCGUAAACGCAGUCUUCAGUCUCGCCCGCAAACUCCAACCUAGCAUUGUCUUCAUCGACGAGAUCGACGCCGUACUAGGCCAACGAAGAAGCGGCGAGCACGAAGCCAGCGGCAUGGUAAAAGCAGAAUUCAUGACCCACUGGGACGGCCUCGCAUCCAGCACCUCCUCGGGCACCUCAACCCCGCAACGCAUCUGCAUCCUCGGCGCCACAAACCGCAUCCAAGACAUCGACGAAGCCAUCCUACGCCGCAUGCCCAAAAAGUUCCCCGUCGCCCUCCCCUCAGCCAUCCAACGCCACAACAUAUUCUCCCUCAUCCUUCGCGGCACAAAAAUCGACACCGCAAACUUCGACCUCGACUACCUCGUCCGCAUCUCCGCCGGCAUGAGCGGCUCCGACAUCAAAGAAGCCUGCCGCGACGCCGCCAUGGGCCCUGUCCGCGAAUACAUCCGCCGGAAGAAGGCAGACGGCACAUUGCGCAGUAGUCGGGCGGUCGCGCAGGGUGAUGUGCGCGGGUUGCGGACGGAGGAUUUCUUUGGUAGGGGCAGGGGAUUGAGGGAUUUGGAUAGUUUGGAUGACACGAGGGAGGAGCUGAAUGCGAGGGUGAGGAGUAGGGUGCAUACGACUGAGGAGAGUGAGGAGGGUGACGAGGAUGAUGCGACGACGGAGAGUGGGACGACUGUUAGUGGGACUACGGGCACGGGCGUCGAUGGUGGGGUUAGCGAGCAUUCGUAUCGUCCUGCUGCUUCUGCUGCUGGUGCUGGUGUUGCGAAACGGGAGGAGGAUGUUGUUGUGAGGUAA